AUGGCUGGCCCAGGUGGUGGUCCCCCACGACGCAGUCACACCAAGUCGCGCAAGGGCUGCGAGAAUUGCAAACGUCGACACAUCCGAUGUGACGAGAACUUCCCCCAAUGCCGCAACUGCACGAAGCACAAGGUUCGGUGCCCGUACAAUGAUUCGCCGCUCCCCGAUGAGAGGGCCGCGAGCCCGGAUAAGCCUGACCUUAUGUGGACUCCGGAGAUCGAGGCUGCCAUCGAGCAAUGGCAACGAUCAGGAGUCUUCCCAUUCCCGGGCCUGAACAUCUGCCCGGCACCCAUGCCCCAGUACUUCUCCGCGGAGGACCUUCGCCUGAUCUUCCAUGUGGCUGCUAUCUGCAAUGAGAUGAGUGCCAUUGACGCCAACGGUUUCACCUUGUGGACACGUCAAAUUCCCACGUAUGGCCCGGCCCUGUCUGUUGCCGACAUCCUCCAGAUCGGUGCGACUCACGGUUUCGUCAUGCAUGCCAUGCUCGCCUUCUCCGCCGAGCACAUUGCCUUCCUGACCACCUGCCCGCAGGUGGGCAACAUGGCCUACGAGCACCGUGGCAUUGCGCUUAAGGGGUUGCAAGAAGCCAUUGGCUCGUUCUCGCCCGAGAACUCUGACGCCGUUCUGGCUGCCUCUCUUGUGCUCUCGUGGCAGGCCACAGAUUGGCGAAGCUGGACCCAGCUGAUGCAAGGAACCUCCUCGGUCAUCGACGCCAUGGAACCAUGGAAGCGCACGUCCCAAUUCGGAGACUUCAUUGCCGAAAGCAGCACGUUUCCCACUGCUCCGCCAUCGCCCAGUCCGGAUCACCGGCCUCACCAGCCGCGCAAGGAGGACCUCGACGCGUUCCAGCAAACCAUCAACCAGCUCACCAAGGUCGAGGCUCAUUUGAAGCAGAACAGGGAGGAUGCCCAUCUGGUACAGCAGCUCGUAUGUUUCCUCAAGGGUGCACGCAAAGUCAGCCCCAUCCAGUCCAUCGAGGAUCAGUUCGACCGCCUCCGCCCGCUCCGUACCUGGCUCUUCUGGCUCCCCGUCAUGUGCCUGAAGGAGAAUGGCACGUCCCCUAGUGCCUUGAUCGUCAUUGCGCAUUACUACACGGCUGCGAUCAUGAUGGAACGUCUCUUUCCCGAAAUCGGUGCUGCGUACUUUGGCAGUCUGGCUAUUGGACCGGUGGAGGAGAUCGCACGAAGGCUGUUCUCGAUGAACGUCUCUGUGGGUAUUGAAGGUGACUUCCAGACGCCGUUGGCGCUCAUGGAAUAUCCUAUCGACGCCGUCACCGAGUUCCGCUCGAGGAUGGGCUGGGUUCAGCCGGCUCGCACGCAGUCCUUUCCGCAGUUCGACCAGGCCAAUUUCUAUAUGGACAUGAGCGACAACAUGUCGCAGGGCACGCCGCCUUCCACGACGUCCUACUUGCCGUACACCGACAACCCUCCAUUCAGUUGGAGCACCGAGGACCUUUCCAUGCUGGCACCUGAGCAGCAUGAGCAUGGCAGUGCCGUCAGCCCAUUGACGCUCUCGUCGCCUUUCCCCAGCGGACAGUAUUUGAACAUCCCGUCGCCUUCAUACGGAGGAUACAGUCCGGCUUCGUCAACCUUCGGUGAAGGCUCCGUCGCCUACAGUGAUCACGAGGAGUUCGGCUCCUUCGAGACGGGAAUGUCUGGCUAUCCGCCACUCGGCUCGGCAGGGUCCAGCAACUUUGGUCUUGGGUUUGUCUCUCCAAUCCAGGCCGUGUGGAUCUAG